AUGUACUUAAUUUUUCUUGGGUUUGAUAUUUAUGCUACAGGCAAUGCAUGGUUGAACGGGGUUUCCUCUAAGGAUAAGAAGCUUCACUUUGACAACCAUACAAAGUGUAGCGCCAUAUCCAAAUCUCGUACUCAAGGGUAUGAAGCCGACGUGUUUCAACCAAAUGGUUUGCCAGUUAUAAAGUGGCAGGACAUUGUGGAAGACAUCGAACAGGAAACUCUCAAGGUGUCCAUAUCAAAGGAUAUUAAAAAACGGGUAAAUAUGAUCAAAACUAUGUUGAGCACCAUGGAAGAUGGAGAGAUCAACGUCUCGGCAUACGACACGGCUUGGGUGGCUCUGGUGAAAGACGUGAAUGGAAGUGACAAGCCGCAGUUCCCGGAGAGCCUCGACUGGAUUGCCAACAAUCAGCUUCCCGACGGCUCGUGGGGCGACGCCCUCAUUUUUCAGGCCCACGAUCGCAUUCUCAACACUUUGGGUUGUGUGAUCGCGCUCACCUCCUGGAAUUUGCACCCUGAUAAAUGCGCCAAAGGGAUGAAGUUCUUCAACGAGAACCUGAACAAGUUGGAAGACGAGAACAUGGAGCACAUGCCCAUCGGCUUCGAAGUUGCUUUCCCUUCCCUACUCGAGCUCGCCGGCCGCUUGAACCUCGACGUCGCCCACGAUUCCCCUGUUCUGCAGCAGAUUUACGCCGCCAGAAACCUCAAGCUCAAAAAGAUUCCAAAGGAAAUACUGCACACUUUUCCAACGACACUACUCCAUAGCUUGGAAGGAAUGCCAGAGCUGGAUUGGGAAAGGCUUCUGAAACUGCAGUGCCAAGAUGGCUCUUUCUUGUUCUCCCCUGCCUCUACUGCCUACGCGCUCUCUCAGACCAAGGACCAAAAGAGCUUGGGAUACCUCAGUAAAAUUGUCCAGAAGUUCAGGGGAGGAGUUCCGAAUGUCUACCCGGUUGAUCUGUUCGAGAACAUCUGGGCUAUUGACCGGAUGCAGCGGUUGGGAAUUUCAAGAUACUUCCAGCCUGAGAUUACUAAAUGUGUCGACUACAUUGAAAAACACUGGGAUCAGAAGGGGAUUUGUUGGGCCAGGAACUCUGAGGUCCACGACAUUGAUGAUACUGCCAUGGGAUUCAGGAUCUUGAGAACCCACGGCCGUCAAGUUUCUCCUGAUGUGUUCAAGUAUUUCGAGAAAGACGGCGAAUUCUUUUGCUUUGCUGGACAGUCGAAUCAAGCAAUCACUGGACUAUUCAACCUGUACAGAGCGUCUCAGGUUUUGUUUCCAGGAGAGGAAAUCCUGGAGAACGCCAAAGAAUACGCCUAUAAAUUUCUAAGGGAGAAGCAAGCAUCUAAUGAGCUCCUUGACAAAUGGAUCAUUACCAAGGACUUGCCCGGAGAGGUGGGAUAUGCAUUGGACGUCCCGUUCUAUGCUAGCUUGCCCCGAGUGGAGAGCCGAUUCUUCAUUGAACAAUACGGUGGGGAGGAAGACGUGUGGAUUGGAAAGACUCUCUACAGGAUGCCACUCGUGAAUAACAACGAGUAUUUGGAGCUUGCCAAGAUUGACUACAACGAUUGCCAAGCAAUGCACCGCAUGGAAUGGGACAACCUUCAAAAGUGGUACGAGGAAUGUGGAGUGGGGAAAUAUGGUGUGAGCAAGAGAAGCCUGCUGCACGGCUACUACCUGGCGGCGGCCACCGUGUUUGAACAAGACAGGUCAGAGGAAAGACUGGCAUGGGCCAAGACCACCGUGCUUCUCGACGCCGUCGAGUCAUACUUCCACGUCAACGACUCCAAUGAUCAGCGGGCUGCCUUUGUCCACGAGUUCACCCACGGUAUCGGCGUCCGAGGACUCGUCAACGGAAGGAGAUCGAGUGAGGACAGGAAAAGACAAGACCUUGUAAAAUUGGUGCUGAGCACGCUAAACCACAUCUCGUUGGACGCCCUGGUUGCUCAUGGCCGGGACAUUGGCCACUCCUUGCGCCACUCUUGGGAAGAGUGGCUGGUGAAAUGGGAAGAGGAAGGAGACAGGGGAGUUGGGGAGGCAGAGCUGCUGGUGAAGACACUCAGCUUGGCUGCUGGCCAUUUGAACUCUCAAGAGUUCUUGGCGGGUAAUGACAAUCCGCAGCACCAAAAGCUGGCCGAAAUCACCAACCGAGUUUGCCAGCAGCUUACCCAUUUCUGCCACACAAAGGAAGGGGAAAAUAGCAGCAGCAGCCUCCCAACCACAACCCCAGAGAUAGAGAGUGGAAUGCAGGAGCUGGUUCGCAUGGUGACCCAGAAUGAUGAAGGGAUCAAAUCCGGUCAAAUGAAGCAGAGAUUCCUGGAUGUGGCCAGGACAUUCUACUACACUGCUGUUGUUGACCCUGGAACCAUCAAUCACCACAUUGCCAAAGUGCUGUUUGAGAGAGUGUAUUAGGGAAAACAGCAGCUUCAGAUCCAUUAUUGUGUAUAUCUCUCUCUAAUCAUCCAUAUCUCAAGGUGUCUCUCCCUCACACACACACACAAGUUCUGGGGAAUCUCAUUUGAUAAGUUCAUUCAAAUUCCUGUUGUAAUCAAUAGCAAUCGUGUAGUACUCCAUAGUUCCCCCUUUUGGUUCAAUUGGGAACUAUGUAUAUGUAUAGGUCCAGGGGAGAAUGAAACAAAAGGUGUCAGUGUCAUGUGGCCCUUUGUAACUGUGACACUUAAUUUCUCCCCACUUUUUUAUUUCUUAAUGAAAAUCUGGC